GCCGCCUUCCACCGCCCACCCGGGAUUUCCCGCCGCACGUCCCAAAGCUCGAUGGCCGCGUCGUCUCCCGCCUCCAGCGGCAAGGCGGCGAGCGACUCCUCCGCUCCUGCCCCGGCGGUCGCCAACGGCAAUGGGACGCCGCAGAAGCCGCCCUCCGGCCCCGGUUUCGACAUGCCCAAGCCCAACCUGCGCGGGCUGAACAAGCCCAAGUGCAUCCAGUGCGGCAACGUCGCCCGCUCCCGGUGCCCCUUCCAGUGUUGCAAGAGCUGCUGCUACAAAGCCCAGAACCCUUGCCAUAUUCACGUUCUCAAAACGAACAACACAUUGCCAGAAAAGACACCACCAGCUCCUGCCCCCUCGUCAGACCAACCAUUAACUAAUUCACCUGUAACUGGUUCUUCGUCGAGGCUGUCUUCUGUACAAAAGCUUCCCCUUCAUUUUCUUAACUCACUCCGAACAAGAAAGUCCUUUGCCAAGAAGGAUGUUGCAAGCAUAAACAAGUGGAGGUUUAUGAAGCUAAAGGAACAUAUGCAAGGAGACAUCGAUGCAGAAAAUGAAGCAUAUGAUAGGUAUACACAGAACAUUGGGUUACUGGAGGAAACGUUCUAUCUCACAGAAGAUGCUGCUGGUGAACAUGAAACUGAAGCAACUUCUUCAGAAGAAAGGAUGGAAAUAAUGGUUUCUGAGGCAAAGGUGAGGUUAAAAUCUGAUUGUGCAAAUGCUGAUGGCUUUAAAGAGAGAAUUGCCAUUGUCUUGGACCAGAAGCUGAAGGAAUUGCAAGAGAAACACAGUACCUACGAGGAAGGCAACUCCUCUGACCAAAAUAUAGAUGGCCAUACAAAGCUGCUGAAGUUAAGCAUAAAGCAGCAAAUGGCGAGAAACGCGAAAACGAAUGAGCUGCUUGCUAGGUUGACAAAAGCACAGAGCGGGGAUGAUUUAAAGCCUUGCCUUGAUUUAAUGGCACAGCUGUUUGGAAAGGAAAAUGCUUCCCCCUGCAUGGAUUCAUCAGAAAAGCCAAGUGACCAAGAAUUAACUGCAGCGACUGCACCCUCUUAUUCCUUUCCAAAGCUCACGACUAGGCUGGAGGUUGAUGAGAAUAUGGUGUCCAAGAUCAAUGAAUUAUCUUCUUUGAGUCAGGUCUUUCAGCUAUAAUCUGGGAUCUGGACUGGUGGUGCGCCUCGAAACCCCGGAGGCAUGUCACGAAUCCAAAAUCUGGACUGGAUUCUUGCUGUCUAGUAACUUUAGAAUGUAACUUGUACUAUUAUCUAGUGUUUCCUUACUGUCUUGUGUAAUGUAAUCAAGUGUUGGCAAGCAAGUCAAAACUAUGAGAGCAAUGCAGUAUUUUUUUUUGUCUC